CAAGUUGGACGUAGUAAAUCAUUUAUGAAGCAAAGGGAACCUAAAGUACAAAAAGAUAGCAAUUUUUGCUGUUGUGCCCUGCAACGUUUUCCCACCAAAUCCGCAUCAUGGCUAUGACAAUAUUCCACCUUGUUUUGUGUGCUGUAGUGUUGAAAGGAGUCCUGGGUCUUCCUUUUGCCUCUGAAGAAGAAGCCAAUCAGUUUUUAGGACUCAAGAGACAAGCACCUUAUUUCGACUAUUUGCAACUAACUAGCGGCCAGAAUACGUUGGCCGAAAAGGUUAGUGAAGCCUGGACUGCACUGAAGAAGUCAGUACAGUAUUACAUGAGUCCUGAAUUGUUUCCAUUUGAUACCAACACAGCCAAGAAGCACAUUAGCUCUUACAUGGAUAUGUUACACCAAUCUGAAGCAGGACUUAAGCGGCAGAGAAGACAUGUGAUAUCGCCUGAGCCAUUGGAAAUUCAACCUUGUCCAUUCUGGCCAAAGCGCUGAUGUUUAUCAAAUAAACUGUCUUCGAAUGUUUUCUGCUCCAA